CUACUCAGUGUGGCAGCCCACUGCUCCUAAUUCUAGGACGGGUCAAAUGCAAAGGAAUACUUUCUCCAAGGGGAUUAAUUAAAUUAAAUUCUUCUAGAGAGAAACAACCAUUCACUUUCACAUCUUACAGUCAAUUUGGAGCAUCCUAAUCCACAAAUCUACAUGUUUUUGGGGCCUGCACAGACAGAUUUGAAUGGAAUUUGGUAUGCGUAUGCAGGAUCAGUCAAUCCACUGUCAGACGAAGUUUAAUUUGGAUCUGAUACAGAUUAUGGAUUUGGCUGCAAUUUAUUAAGUAGCUAUAAGAAGGUAACGUUCGAUCCGGAUCCAAAACGUUUCCAGUGGAUCAAAACGUCAAAACUUUCAGGAGCUGGUUUAAAGUGUUGGCGAAGGUCUGUGUUGUAUGAGUGAGUCUAUUUUCCAAAUGACUCCUCUCGCAUUUAAUUGAUUUAUCUUUCGAUUUCUGUCAACUCUUUCCUACACUUUACUAUUGAUUGUUUAACCUCUGUACUGAUUUCUUACAAUUCUGUCUCCAGGUUUCUUUCAAAUAUUUCGCACCUCAAAUCUGCCCAAAAGAUGGUUGCCAUACUGGUAUUUAAUUCAAUAAUGUUCUUAACCUUCUGUUGUGUGCAUAACUUGUAUGUGUCCUCUGGCACUGUAUUACAAUAUUGACUUCCAAACAACUUUUGAAAAAGACAAAUAUCAUAGAUUAAUAAAUAUUUAUUUUCUGACACUUCUGAGGCUCAAGCAUUUAGGCAAUGACAACCUCAUGGGGACUUCAAGUAUUGAGCAGCAUUUACAAGUUUAACAAGUUCCUGAGAGCUAAUGGCAUGGUAGACAAAUUCCUCACAAAGCCCAGUCCUGUUUCUCAUAAAUACCAGUCAGUAUUUCCCCUCUCCCAGUUCAAAGGACAAGUCAAGAGCACCAUGUUGGGACUUUGGAGCAGAACUUUGGCAAAGGUGAGGACAGUGAAACCCACAAAUAUGAUGAGGACGUUCAGUCACUGGUUGAAACCAGUAACUCAGAUUGGUUGCAGAGGCAUACCUCAGCAGGACAGACUCCCCUAUCUGCCUCUUCCAUCACUGAAGCAGACCUGCGAGCGCUACCUCAAAAUUCUGGAGCCCAUUGUGGGGAGGGAUGAGCUGAAUGACACGAAGAAGGUGAUGACAGAGUUUCUAAAAGAAGGCGGAGUUGGAGAGAAACUACAGGAAGGCCUGGAGAAGAGAGCACGCGAUACUGAGAAUUGGUUAACAGAUUAUUAUAUUCAGUAUGUAUAUCUGAACAACCGGGACCCUGUGGUGAUUUUUUCAAAUACUGGGCAAGUCCUUCCCCGAACGAACUUCAGGCAUAAGAAUGAACAAAUAAGGUUUGCUGCUGAGUUUACCUCAGCUCUAUUGAAUGUAAAGACAAUGAUUGACAAUGAGACACUACCAGUUGACUACAUGAGAGGGAAGCCACUGUGUAUGAAGCAGUACGAGCAGAUGAUGUCAACCUGCCGGGUCCCUGGUCUGAAGACGGACUCAUUGGUGUUCUAUGGAAAGAGCCCCAACCCUCCCAAACACAUUACUGUGGUUCACAACUGCCAGUUCUUUGUGAUGGAGGUGUACAACAGUGACGGGACUCUGCUGACAGUUGAUCAACUCUGUGUUCAGCUGGAGAAGAUUUGCAACUCAUCGUCACUGACCAACAUGGAGCCUGUGGGCAUCCUCACCACACAGCACCGUGACAUCUGGGGCAAAAUCUACUCUAACCUCAUGAAGGAUAAGACCAACAAAGAAUCUAUCAAAGCUAUUGAAAGCAGUAUAUUCACGGUGUGUUUGGAUAGAGCGAUGCCCCCAGUGCCUGAUGACAUGUACUGCAACAGUGUUACUCACCACAUGCUGCAUGGAGGAGGCAGCCAGUACAACAGUGGAAAUCGCUGGUUUGACAAAGGACUUCAGGUAAUUAUUGCAGAGGACGGAAGCUAUGGUAUGAACUCCUCACAUGCUGGUAGUGAUGGAAUAGUCCGCAAAGAGAUGAUGGCCUAUAUUAUGGCACACAUGAACAGGAACAAACUACAGACAACUCAAUCUUUCAUGGAGGUUUUGCCUUUGCCCAAACCACAGAAACUACACUUCAACAUCACACCUGAGAUAAAGAAGGACAUUGAGGAGGCGAAGCAACACAUUGACAAAUUGGUCCAAAGCCUGGGUAUGGAGAGAACAAGGCUUGAGCAUUUCGGAAAACAAGCCAUUAAGGCCCUUCAGAUGAGUCCUGAUAGUUUCCUACAAAUGGCUUUCCAGCUGGCCUACUACAGGAUGUACCAGCAGUGUGCUGUCGUGUUUGAAGCCGCCUCCCUGCGUACGUUCAGACUGGGCCGCAUUGGUUCCAUCAAUGCAACUUCAACUGCCUCAGUUGCCUUUGUCAAGGCCUUUGAUGAUCCCAAAACAGAGAUCCCAGAGAAAGCAGAUUUAUUAGUGAAAGCUAUCAAAGAACACAAAUCUUUCUCUGACAUGGUAAUGAGUGGCCAGACCAUAAGAGAACACUUUCUAAGUCUUAAGAUGCAGGCUGCCGAGAGAAAAAUGUCCUUCCCUGAAAAACUCUGGCCUGGUGAUAAAGCCUAUAACUUCCACAUUUCUACAAGUCAGGUAACGUACAAGAAUGGACUGAUGGGAUGUGUUGGACCUACGAAAGCUGGCGAAUACCACGUGUUAUACGGUAUCCAGGAUAACCACAUUGACUUGUUAAUGUUCUCCUUGGAGCAUUGUAAUACACCCAAGGGAAAAACUGCCCAACUGACCCAGGCUUUGGUGGAUGCACUGUUGGACAUGAGAAUGAUAUUUGAUCUCCAAACAGUCAACAUCAAGACAAGCUUAAAACAAUAACUCUGUGCAGCUGCCAAGGAGGUUUUGUCGUUGUUUGUCACACUUUCAAACACUCAUCAUUCUCAAAGUUCUAUAACCACUGGUAAAGACUAGAGAUAUUCCCAAGGUCAAAGGGACCUGGGGGCCUUUGCACAGAACCAAUACUUUGGGGGUGUGGCAGGGAGGGUCAUCACAUUCAAGAGGUUUCUUAAAAAGUAUUGUCUCAGUUCUGUUCUCGGGGAGCCCCCCCUGUCAGUUUAGGGUCUUAGGGUCCUGUCCAAGUUUAUAUAUGACUUGGUAGUCUGAACAGCUAAAAAACCAAACCUGAUUCAAACCACAUACGGAGGUGGUUUCAAAUGUGAUUCUGAUUGUAUAUCUGUUUUCAAUCUUCUGAGCAGUCUAAACAAUACCAAUGAGUCAAGGUACCUUCCAGUCAAGGAAAACAUGACUCAAAUGGGUGAACCCAGCCGAUCUGAUUUUGCUCUGCAGAUCCAUCUUGCGUGGAAGACUACAGAAUCUCCUGAAAAAAGAGGAAACCAAUCACAACCCCUGAUAUGCAAGAGGCAGACUUAAUGCGACAACAACAGAGAAACAAAAUCUAGCACCUUUGGUAUACAUCCAGCUGUUGCCUAUGCAGCAAAAAGGACUUUUCUGCAUGGAGUUUGCAUGUUCUCCCCGUAUGUGUGUGGGUUCUCUCCGGGUGGCGUCAACCAAACAACCAAAUUUACCUUCAAGCUACUUUCUAUUAUUGUUGGUGCCCCUCGUUCAAGAGAGAAGACACAGUCCAUGAAAUAGAUUUGAUUACACAGUUUAAUGAGGAGCUGUGAAAUAAAACAUGCUAAAAACAAGGAGCUACAUUCAUCCCCUCACAAAUAAGCACAGGUUUACUGGCAGAGCAGCAAAUGUGGCCUGCAGGGCAUUAAACCUCCACGUGUUCACUUUAUAACAGCCUUCAGCUACAUACUCCAGCUGACCACAUGGCCCAGUUUCUGAAUGACCUUGUGGUGAGAUUGUUUCCUUGAUUAUAUUUUGUCUUUGUUGUAUCACAUCAAACUGAUGAAUGAACUGUUCCAAUUAAAGCGAUUUCUAUGAAAAUGAAA